AAGGACUGAGGAUGAACAUUAGCAUCAACACACCCAAACAAGCUGGCGUGGUUGUUGUACCGGUUAAUGCGUCGUUUCUUUUGUAUGUAUAUGUAAAAAAAACAUCGUUGUUGUUUUUACUGCUUGGAUAAACUCGCCUCAAAUAGGCCUCGCUUGUUGGCUGCAAACAAAGAGACGUGGAAGCAAAGAUCGAGUGUGUCAAGUGUUGUGAUUGCCGUGUGAAAAAUGUGCAAAGUGCAAAUGUUGAGAGCGUUGCUGAAUCAGCGACUGAGUGCGGCUGUUGACGAAGUAUUUGUCGUCUUCCAAAGAACGAUAGCGGAAUACGAGGAGGAGCUUUGUCGUACAAAAGCAGAGAACGAGCGACAGCGUCAAAUAUUGAACGCUGGUUUCAAGCCUCAGUUUGGAUUGAACAGCGCAGACACACAAACAAUGGAGGACGUUGGUGAAGGUAGACCUGCAAAAAGUUGCAGCAAAGAUAAUCUUGUCCCUGAGCAAGAGUGGAGCCCCAGGGAGGAGCUCGAAGAAACUUGCAUUAAAGAAGAAGAGGAGGAAGCUGACGUCGCCAAGUUCCCAUUGACUGUCGUCCACGUAAAGAGUGAAGACGAAGACAAGCCUCACUCCUCACAACGUAUUCAAAGCAAAAAGAGACGAGAAGGUCUCUCAGCUUCAUUACCAGACAACAAUAAUGCGCUGCCGCACCUUCCCGAUGCUGAUGAGCCUAAAGGUGAUGCGAGGAGUCAGACGGACAGUGGACAUCUUAAAUGUACAGAUUGCGACAAAACGUUUAGUGACAACUCAACGUUGAAAAGACAUCGGCGCUGUCACACGGGAGAAAAACCUUUUGCCUGCUCACUGUGUGUCAAAAAGUUCUCUCAGAGGGCAAGUUUAGUGGCACAUAUGAGAACACACACAGGAGAAAGACCUUAUACAUGCUCACUCUGCACCAAAGGCUUUCGCGAUAAUUCCGCACUAGCGACGCACAUGCGGACGCACACCGGGGAGAAACCUUUUACAUGCCCAUUUUGCGAGAAAAGAUUUGCUCACAAAGGCCAUUUGAUAUCGCACACGAGGACACACACUGGGGAGAAGCCUUUCACCUGCUCGGUGUGCAACACGAGUUUUAGGGUGCACUCGGUGAUGAUGAUACACAUGCGAACGCACACGGGGGAAAAACCUUUCGAAUGCUCCGUUUGCGGCAAAAGGUUCACUCAAAAAGGAAGCUUGAUCAUACACACAAGAACGCACACUGGAGAGAGACCAUACACCUGCUCAGUGUGCAAUAAAAAUUUCCGGGUUCGUUCAGCAUUGGCAACGCACAUGAAAACACACACCGGGGAGAAAGUUUUUGGCUGCAGUGUGUGUGAUAAAAGAUUUGCUCACAAAUUUCAAGUUGACAGACACAAGUGUGCUGGUGAGAACAGCAGCAGUCAGUGAAGGACUGGAAAUGAAUGGAAAACUUGAAGGCUCUUUCAUAAAUCGAUCCCUCAACAUUUCAAUAUGUAGAGAUUAUAUUUUUCAACCUACCUUCUAACUGCAAUAAAUGUUUCCAAAACGCCCGCAGAUUGAACUCGAGGACACAAAUGUGAAACUUUUUGUUUAGGGUUUUAUAGUGUGUAAUCUGCGUGUAGUCAAAUGUCAUGUUUCGACUAGGGGAAAAAAUGAAACUAAUUUAAUAAAUGCAUAUUGAUAUUCGAACUGAUUAGUGAUUUCUGUAGACGCGCUCGAUUCAGUUGAUAAUCACUGCACAAUAUUGUGACGUGUAUGUAGUAGUGAAUUAGUUUGAACACUACUCGGGGUGCCGUUUACUAGGUUAUUAAAUAAAUAAUAAAUAAACGAAACUAAACGAAUUACAGUUGCGCGUCUACAACAUGCCGGGUCGCUUCUGGACAUCCAUAAUAAACACUGAACUAAUUAAAAAUAAA